AUGGCGGCCUCCGGGAGCGGUCCCCAGGGAGGCGUGAGGACUUCACCAUCUGAGGCGCGGUCGAUCUCGCUGCACUCCGAGAAUGAGCGUCAGUGUUUCUCUGCUACUUUCCCCAUGGGGCAGAGGCCGAAAAAUGCUUUCCACAAAACCUCCUCCUACCUGCUCCGCCAGCUCAUUCACCGCUAUCGGAGGCUGGACGCAGAAGAAGUCGGGGACGAGAUCGAGGACGAAGACCAGGACGUGGUCGGGGACGAGGACGAAGAGGAGGACGCGGAACAGGCCGAAGUGGAAUCCGAGGAGUCCUCAGAGUCCGAAAUGCUGAAUUCGGAGGAGGAAUUUGAUGGGGUCCUGAGAGAGGAGAUGGUGGCUCAGGCACUGCACAAACUGGGGCGCUCCGGCUGUGGAACUGGGCAGGUCUACCUCAAUCUAACAUUAUCAGGUUGCGAUUUAAUUGACAUUAGCAUUCUCUGUGGAUAUGUUCACGUACAGAAGUUGGAUCUUUCAGUAAAUAAAAUUGAAGAUUUGUGUUGUGUGAGCUGUAUGCCUUAUCUUCUAGAACUUAAUGCUUCUCAAAAUAAACUGACCACCUUCUUCAACUUCAAGCCACCCAAAAAUCUCAAGAAGGUGGAUUUUUCCUACAACCAAAUUUCUGAAAUGUGUGAUCUGUCUGCAUACCAGGCUCUCACUAAACUAAUUUUGGACAGCAAUGAAAUAGCAGAAAUCAAAGGACUGGAGCUAUGCAGUAACCUAACUCACCUUAGCUUGGCCAAAAACAAGAUCACAACAAUUAAUGGCUUAAGCACGUUACCAAUCAAAAUCCUUUGUCUGAGCAAUAACCAGAUUGAGAAGAUCACAGGUCUGGAGGACCUGAAAGCCCUACAGAAUCUGGAUCUGUCCAGCAAUCAGAUCAGUAGCCUCCAAGGCUUAGAGAAUCACGACCUCUUGGAAGUGCUCAACCUCGAGGAUAAUAAGAUUGCUGAGCUGCGUGAACUAGAAUACAUUAAAAAUCUACCUCUCCUUCGAGUUCUCAAUCUUCUAAGAAAUCCAAUUCAGGAAAAAUCUGAUUACUGGUUCUUCGUAAUUUUUAUGCUACUACAAUUAACAGAAUUAGAUCACAGGAAGAUUAAAGUGGAAGAAAAGGUUUCGGCAGUUAAUAAGUAUGACCCUCCCCCGGAAGUGAUCGCCGCUCAAGACCACCUGACCCAUGUAGUAAACAGCAUGAUGCAGCCGCAGAGAAUUUUCGACAGCACCCUGCCGAGCCUGGAUGCUCCCUAUCCCAUGCUGAUACUGGCCGGUCCUCAAGCUUGUGGGAAACGAGAACUUGCCCAUCGCCUCUGCAGACAGUUUAGUACUUACUUCAGAUACGGGGCAUGUCACACGACAAGACCUCCUUACUUUGGAGAAGGGGAUCGAGUGGAUUAUCAUUUUAUCUCUCAGGAAGUUUAUGAUGAAAUGCUAAACAUGGGGAAAUUCAUUCUAACGUUUAAUUAUGGUAAUCACAAUUACGGGCUAAAUAGGGACACUGUGGAAGGCAUCGCCAGAGGUGGUUUAGCGAGCUGUAUUCAUAUGGAAAUAGAAGGUGUAAGAAGUUUGAAAUGUUCCUAUUUCGAGCCUCGAUAUAUCCUGGUGGUGCCCAUGAACAAGAUGAAAUACGAGGGAUACUUGCGGAGAAAAGGACUGUUCAGUCGUGUGGAGAUUGAAUUUGCUGUCUCCAGAGUGGAUCUUUAUAUUAAUAUUAACCAGAACUUUCCAGGAUAUUUCGAUGCAGUAAUCAAUGCAGAUGAUCUGGAAGCUGCCUACCAGAAGCUGAGUCAGCUCAUUAGCGAAUACCUUGGAUUGACGGAGAAGCCUGCCGAGGGCUUGGCACCAACCACAGAUAUUCACACGUCUCCCCUGAAAUCCGAAGGGCCUCCUAGGAAGACUUCGACUUUGAAUCCAAAUGAUUUCCUGGAUUCUACAGACAGAAACUACCUUGUUAAAUUAUGUGCCAACCUUUCAGCCAAAAUAACGCCAGCGGAAAGGAACUCUAUGGAGAGGCAGCAUGAGAUAGCCCGGCAGGCCCUGAUGGGAAAGGCACCCCCUGAUCACACACUCCUUUUUCAAAGGGGUCCAGUACCAGCACCUACCACCAGUGAUCUAUGUUAUUUUACACAGUUAGGAGAACCACAGAAAGGUUUUGAGUUUUAUGAUGAUUAUGUUGGAACUCCCUUUGGAUCACAUUCUGGGCAGAGUGAUGAAGAUUCCUCUGAUGCCGGCACAUGUUCUGGAUUAACCCAGUCUCGUCCGUGGUCAAAGGGACAUUUGCACCCCUCAGAGGGCAGCCUUUCUUCCCGCCCAGGACCAGGAAAGAGCGAUGGCGAGGGGGCCCAGGCCCUAAAAGGUUUCACAGCACUACCUAAACGACUGAUUUCUCAUGAAAGAGACUCUUCCCAGUGCGGAAAGCACACAGGUCCAGUCGUCUGUCUUCCAGGUGCCAACACCAAACCGGUCCUCCCUCCCAUCCCUCAGGGCCGCAAGUAGCCCAGCGCUGACAACUGAUCUUAACAUGGAAACUCGUU